AUGGAGUCUAUUGCCCUGUCUCAGCGUCUUCAUAGCUUUUCUUUGCCCAGCCGUGGAUGGGCCUCCCGCCACCACGCCACCCGUCAGCGUAUCAGGAAAAUGUCCGCUUCUUGGCCGCCGCCGUCCGAUCACGAGUACAGAAUACCGGACGAGAAGGAGGCGUCGACGACUGUUGAUGCUGUUCUAGAGAUGGGCCCUAGCAAGUGUGUAGUCUCAGAGAAAAAACGAAGAUUUUCGGUUGCUCUACCGAACGACGAGAUUUCAAGGGAUUUCGUGGCCAUCACUGCUAAGAAGCCGCCGGUGAAGAGGCCAGAGAGGAGCCCUUGCAAGUGUGUAGUCUCAGAGAAAAAACAAAUAGUUUCGAUUGCUCUACCGAACGACGAGAUUGCAAGGGAUUUCGUGGCCAUCACCGGUCAGAAGCCGCUGAGGAAGCCCAAGAAGAGAUCGAAGAUCGUUCAGGAAGAGAUGGAUCGUCUUUUUCCGGGUUCGGGUUUGGGUCCCAUUAUUCUGGACCUGUUACAAAGAUCGUAA